UCCAGCCGAAGCAGUGUACUUAGAUUGUGAAUCCCAAGAAGUAGACUCCCGUCCGUAAACAGCCAUGGGAUCUGAGGAGAUGACACUUCCUCCGUUUGGUCAAGAGAUGAGAGAAAAAGAGUUCUGUAUGAGAAAAGGCUCAAUGUUUUUAAACCACGGCUCAUUCGGAACGGUACCGAAACGUGUGAAAGACAUUCAGAAACGCUACAUUGACAAGAUGGAUGAUCACCCAGACGACUGGUUCCGUCGGAACAACCUCGGUAAAUGGAAGGAAGGGAGGGACGCUAUUGCCGCGUUUGUGAACGCCGAUUCAGAAGAUGUUGUCCUUGUACAGAACGCAACUACAGGGGUCAAUACUGUACUGAAGUCGAUAAACUUUAAAGAGAAUGAUGCUAUCCUAGCGACAGACAACACAUAUCCGGCAAUUCAGUUUACGUGCGAACACGCGAAAGCAGCCAAUAGUGGAUCACAGUAUUACAAAAUGGACAUCAACUACCCUAUAAUCUCGGAGGAUGACGUAGUGGAACAGUACAGGCAGUUCCUCUCAUCACAUCCGCACGUGCGGCUGGCAGUUAUAGAUCACAUUACAAGCUCCACCGCCGUUGUCAUGCCUAUUAAGAAAAUCAUCAAGUUGUGUCGAGAACAUGAUGUCAUGUCCAUGAUAGAUGGUGCGCAUGCGCCUGGGCAAGUACCUAUCGAUUUAAAGGACCUGGAUCCCGACUUUUACACAGGUAAUCUACAUAAGUGGGCGUAUACACCAAGAGGAUGCGCUCUCUUGUAUGUGAGGAGAGAACACCACGCCUGGAUUCGGCCAUUAGUCACCUCGUGGUAUUAUCUGAAAGAGUUUACCAUGGAAUUCUUCAUGCAGGGAACACGUGACGAUUGUGCUUAUGUAACUGUGACAGACGCUCUUAAAUUCUACGAGGACCUCGGAGGAAUGACUGCCAUAACUGGGUACAACUCCUCUCUAUUGGACCUCGUAACUGACAGGAUGGUGACGGAAUGGGGUACUGGCAAAUUACCUAUCCCUCGGGACAUGGAAGCACCGUGUAUGAAAAUGAUCAGAUUGCCGCAUAUGGACCUAUACGACGUAACGACGGCCGAAGCUUACCGUCUGAUGGACGAUCUAUUUUAUGAACACGAUAUACAAGUACAAAUAUUCUGUGUCCUUGACAACCUUUAUGUCCGUCUUUCUGCUAACGUGUAUAACCACACGGAAGAAUACAGUUUGUUUAUCAAUCUGAUACGUGAUGUGUCAUUAAACAAACGACCGAUGUGCCUGAAGAGAAAGUCCGAAAAGAGUCCGGGGAAUUCAGAUAUGCCUUUCUCGGAAAAGUGAACAACGAUGGUAGCUUCAACGUAAAGCCUGUCGGAAGUAAAAUGUUAGAUGCAUUGUGUUCGAUUUAAUUGAUGAUGUCAGACAUAUUCGCACAAUUUUUCUGUCUUCACAUAUCACAUGUCAAUAUAAUGAUUUGGUGAAAGAUAUUUUAACAUAA